GCAAAUUGAAAGGUUCAUGGCUGCGCUUGCAGCUACAGCAGCUCGCUGGUGUUCUGAACCCCAGGUUUGAGGAGCCACGGCGCCUGGAAUGGGCUUGCGGGCCAUGCCUGUUUAUUCGGAAGACAAUUAAUGCGGCGGCACCAUGGGGAUUCAAGGGUUACUUCAGUUCAUCAAAGAAGCUUCUGAACCCGUCAAUGUGAAGAAGUACAGAGGACAGGCAGUGGCGGUCGACACCUACUGCUGGCUUCACAAAGGAGCUAUUGCUUGUGCUGAAAAGCUAGCCAAAGGGGAACCUACGGAUAGGUAUGUAGGGUUUUGUAUGAAGUUUGUUAAUAUGCUGCUUUCUUAUGGGGUCAAGCCGAUUCUCGUAUUUGACGGAUGUACUCUACCUUCUAAAAAGGAAGUGGAGCGGUCUCGAAGAGAGAGACGACAAAGCAACCUUCUUAAAGGGAAGCAGCUUCUUCGAGAGGGGAAAGUGUCAGAAGCCCGAGAGUGCUUCACUCGCUCUGUCAACAUUACACACGCCAUGGCCCACAAAGUAAUAAAAGCUGCUCGGGCCCUGGGAGUGGACUGCCUCGUGGCUCCCUAUGAAGCUGACGCUCAGUUGGCCUACCUCAACAAAGCUGGCAUUGUGCAAGCCGUCAUCACAGAGGACUCUGACCUCCUCGCGUUUGGCUGUAAGAAGGUGAUUUUAAAAAUGGAUCAGUUUGGAAAUGGACUGGAAGUGGACCAGGCACGGCUAGGCAUGUGCAAGCAGCUGGGGGAUGUGUUCACGGAGGAGAAGUUCCGGUACAUGUGCAUUCUGUCGGGCUGUGACUACCUGGCCUCCCUGCGUGGGAUCGGCUUGGCAAAGGCCUGCAAAGUCCUGAGACUGGCCAACAACCCCGACAUUGUGAAGGUUAUCAAGAAAAUUGGGCAUUAUCUCAAGAUGAACAUAACCGUGCCAGAGGACUACAUCACAGGCUUUAUUCGCGCCAACAACACUUUCCUCUACCAGCUGGUGUUCGACCCCGUCCAAAGGAAGCUCAUCCCUCUGAACGCCUAUGGAGACGACGUUAAUCCUGAAACACUCACGUACGCUGGGCAGUAUGUCGAUGACUCCGUAGCUCUUCAAAUAGCACUUGGAAAUAGAGAUAUAAAUACUUUUGAGCAGAUUGAUGACUACAGUCCAGACACUAUGCCAGCCCACUCAAGAAGCCAUAGCUGGAAUGACAAAGCAUGUCAGAAGUCACCUGUCGCCAGUAGCAUUUGGCACAAGAAUUAUUGUCCUAGACUUGAGGUGAAUAGUGUUUCCCAUGCUCCUCAGUCGAAGGAAAAGCCAAGUACUGUGGGCCUUAAACAAGUGAUUAGUACUAAAGGGUUAAAUCUUCCCAGGAAGCCUUGCGUGUUGAAGAGACCAAGAAAUGAAGCGCUGUCUGAAGACGACCUGUUGAGCCAGUAUUCGUCACUUACAAAGAAGAUCAAGGAAAAUAGCUGUGGGAAUGGCACCUCGCCCAACUCUUCUGAAAAGUCCGUGCCCUGCCCGGAUGGUGGGACUGCUCACAAGACAGAUGCACAUACCCCGUCUAGAACGAGGAAUAAAUUCGCAACAUUCUUACAGAGGAGGAAUGAAGAAUGUGGUGCCGUCGUGGUUCCCGGGACCAAAAGCAGGUUUUUUUGCAGUUCUCCAGAUUUUGACAACUUCAUACCAAAAAAAGGAAGCAGCCAGCCUCCAAAUGAAACUGUUGCCACUGGCAAAGCCACCACCAGCCUCCUUGGGGCAUUGGACUGUCCAGACACAGAAGGACAAAAGCCAGUUGUCACAAAUGGGACGCACAGUCCAAACACUCAGAUUCCAGGCGAUGCAACUGGGUCUCCUAAGGAUGAGGCUCAGUCUUCUGAGACCAGCAAAUUCUCGGGGACCAUGUCCCCACCCACUCUGGGGACACUAAGAAGUUGUUUCAGUUGGUCUGGAACUCUCGGGGAAUUUUCAAGGACUCCAAGUCCCUCAGCGAGAACUCCAUUGCAGCAGUUCCGGAGAAAGAGUGAGCCCCCCGCCUGUCUUCCUGAGGCCUGUGCAGUCACUGACGAAUGCGAUUCAAAGAGUGGGACACUGGGUGACAAGUCUCAGUCCUUGCAUGAGCUGGACUGGUCCUCACGGUCUCAGGAAAGCAUAGACUCCACAUGCAGCUUAAACGCAUCAAGCCUCUCGCAGCCUUCCAGUCAGGACUCAGACUCAGAGGAAUUGGAUUGUAACAAUAAGUCACUUGAUAAUCAAGGAAGUCAGAACUCCAAGCAACACUUACCUCACUUUCCAAAGAAAGACAUACUUGGGCGGAACAAGGUUCCUGGGCUCUGUAGGUCUAGUUCUAUGGACUCUCUGUCUGCAACCAAGAUCAAGCCGUUGGUGCCUGCCAGAGUCAGUGGCCUGAGCAAGAAGCCAGGAAGCAUCCAGAAGAGAAAAGACCAUGAUGCCGAGAACAAGCCAGGGCUGCAGAUAAAGAUCAGCGAGCUCUGGAAAAACUUUGGGUUUAAAAAAGAUUCUGAAAAGCUUCCUUCUUGUAAGAAGCCCCUGUCUCCAGUCAAGGACAAUAUCCAACUCACUCCAGAGACAGAAGAUGAGAUCUUUAACAAGCCCGAGUGUGCACGCGCUCAGAGAGCAAUAUUUCACUAACUGCCGGCCGCUGCCUACAGGAAAAUCUUAUCAACUGGAGAGAUGUAUUACUCUCAGUGCCAUUUUUUAAAUGGGAUACAUUUUGUAUAUUAACUUUAUGACUUUUCUUUUGCUCAGCUUUUUAUAUUUUCAUAGAAAGCUAAAUAGAAGAAUAAAUCUGUCUUUGACAUUU